GGCAUUUCACCUCUGGCUUUGCAAACAUCUGACAGCUCUUUGAGCUGCUUCUGGUGCUGUUACUCAAUUUAACAGUGAAGCUGACAUUUAUUUGGAUUUGUAGAGGAACUCUUCACAGCACACUGUUGCUACUGAAUCCUUUUUUUUCUCUUAGACUAUCAUAAUUAAGAAUCUUUUAGAGAGAUAAGAUCAUGGAGCGAAAGAUCGGUGUCAUAUUGAGCUUCAUUUGUUUGGGCGCUGUGUGGCUGCGCUCCUUCCCCUGGCUCUGCAGUCUGCUGGUGGGGCUAGGGCUGUGCUUGGUCCAUAUGGGAUCUUGGAAGAACAUUCAUAUAGCGUUACAUACCGUUAAAAGAGACCUUAUGUGUUUAGCUGUUAUAAUUAAAGUGAGAAUUUCCAUGUAUCACCAUCAGCGAAACCGAAGAACCAUCCCUACCCUGUUUGCCCAGGUAGUGACACAACACCCAGACAAGCCCGCCUUGAUAUAUGAGGCCACAGGAGAGGUCUGGAGUUUUAGAGAGCUACAGGAGAGAUGCCACGCUGUGGCCCACUGGGCAUUGGCUCAGGGCUGGACUGAGGGUGAUGUGGUGGCUUUGUACAUGGAAAGUCAGCCUUUAAUGGCAGCUUUAUGGCUGGGUUUUGCUAUGAUAGGUGUGGAGGCUGCUCUUAUCAACUACAACCUUAGACAGCAGUCAUUGCUACACUGUCUCAGUGUUUCUGGAGCUCGAGCGAUGGUGUUUGGAUCAGAGAUGACUGGAGCUGUAACAGAGGUGAGUAGCAUGUUGCAGCCCAGCAUGGUUUUGUUCAGCACUGGUAAGCAGGAAGACAAGGAUGAGCUUCAGGUUCCGAGUUUGGACUCUCUGCUGGCCCGUUCACCCAGACACCCACCACCCUACAAGAUAAGGAAAGAGUUUAAUGACAGGCUUUUCUACAUCUACACUUCUGGUACAACAGGAAUGCCAAAGGCAGCUGUAGUGGUGCACAGUCGGUAUUACCGCAUCACAGCCUUUGGUUUUCAUUCUUUUGGCUUACGUCCUGAUGACAUCAUGUACAACUGCCUUCCUCUCUAUCAUUCUGCAGGGAACAUCAUGGGUAUAGGGCAGUGUUUGCUCUUUGGUUUGACUGUUGUAAUCAGGAGGAAAUUCUCAGCCAGUCGCUUUUGGGAUGACUGUGUCAAACACAACUGCACUGUAAUCCAGUAUAUAGGAGAGAUCUGCCGUUAUCUGUUGGCCCAGCCUGUUGGAAAAUCAGAGGCUCGUCACCAGGUCCGUGUUGCCAUCGGUAAUGGACUCCGUCCCUCGGUGUGGGAAGAGUUUGUCAAGAGAUUCAGAAUCCAAAGAAUUGGGGAAUUUUAUGGCGCCACAGAGUGCAACUGCAGCCUGCUCAACAUAGAUGGAAAGGUCGGGGCCUGUGGCUUCAAUAGUCGCAUCCUACCAAAUUUUUAUCCCAUCAGAUUGGUCAGGGUGCAGCAGGAUAGCAAAGAACUACUGAGGGAUUCACAAGGCCUCUGUAUACCCUGUGAGCCAGGAGAGCCGGGCAUGUUAGUCGGACACAUCAACCACACCGAUCCGCUCAGAAGAUUCGACGGUUACGCUGAUCAGGAUGCCACCAAAAAGAAAGUCGCUCGCAAUGUGUUCAAGAUGGGAGACUCUGCUUAUGUCUCAGGUGAUAUACUGGUGAUGGAUGAUUAUGGCUACAUGUAUUUCAUGGACCGCAGCGGCGACACUUUUCGCUGGCGAGGGGAGAACGUUUCCACGACAGAGGUGGAGGGAGUCCUCAGCAAACUACUGGGACACACCGAUGUUGCCGUCUAUGGAGUGUCUGUGCCAGGUGUGGAAGGGAAGGCCGGUAUGGCAGCAAUAGCUCAGGAGGGAAACCAGUUGGACCUUGAUGCAUUCUUGAUCGCUGUACAAAAAGCUUUGCCCUCCUACGCACGCCCUGUCUUCCUUCGGCUCAUGCCGUCUGUUGACACUACAGGUACUUUCAAAAUUCAGAAGACACGGCUGCAGAAGGAAGGAUACAAGCCACAAAACUCGAGUGAAAAGAUUUAUUUUCUGAACAGUCAUGCUGGACAUUAUGAGUCUGUCACUGAGGAAUUAUAUGAUGCCAUCAAUGAGGGGAAAGUGUCUCUAUGAAAGAAGAAGGCGCUAACGAGGCUGCUGGGUUAAUACCAACUUACUCUGACUGUGUUUUUGAUAUAAGUAUUUUUUGUUUGUCGUCUUUUUAAGAUGAACAUUAAGCUCACCUACCUGAAUAGAUUUGGCUUGGUCAGAUUUCUCUGAGGCAUUAUAUGUAUGUAUAUAUAUAUAUAUUUAGAUAUAUAUACAUACAUAUGAACAAUUUCCCAUCAUAAUAAAUACGAAUGUUUUGUAUUUCUAGUAAUAAAACAUGUUCCUUCUUACAAGAAAAAGAAUGACUGAAAACUCAGUAAUUUAUGGAAAUUAAGUAAUAACUAUAUCAAAUAACUAUUCUUAUUUGAAAAAUCAUUUUUUAACAUGACCAAUACUCCAUAGCUGCCUAAAGACCUGUUUCAAACAGAGCAGCACAGAAACACUCGGGGCCGCACCGCACGGCAAACUUGAAUUACCAGCUUGUACAAGUUACAUUUUAUCCUUUUAAGCAUUUUUCUCAAGUUAUCAUGUGUCAAAAUUAGUAGUCUUGAAUCAUGGCACAAAAUAUGUGGGUUCUUUUUGUGAAAGCAAAGUGAUUUUUAACUUUCAUCACCUAAUACCAGUCACGUUGAGUCCAAGCACCAAUGUGUUAUAUUACAGUACAUCCUGGGCAUUGAUUGGCUUUUAAGGCAAACACUGGCAUUUUAAAGUUAAAAAUGUUAUCUGGGUUAAUAUCAAUCAUUCUCCCAAAAACGUGCGACAGAUGGGUAGCUGUCUGCAACUGAUGUGAUGAGAACUCCAAUGUGGAUGAAGCAGAUUCAACAACAGAAAAGCAUCUUUAUUAGGCUGCAAACAAGAGGAACAAGGAGCAGGUUCCAAGGAAAACAGAGCACCAAGGGAGCACAUGAGAAAAGUGACAACAACGACUAAAGGGAUGUAUGGACAUAUACUGACACUGACAACUAACUGGGGCUACAUGGAUGAAGAUAAUCAGACAGGCAGAAAGUUACAGACUUAUAUAAACAAAACUAAAGCUCAAGAAAUAAAUAUAGGCCAAUCAAACACAAGUGGACAGUUUUUUUUCUCAUCUGACUGAAACUAUCAGCACAAACAAACAAGGCUGACACUGUAUCCUAACAGCAUAUUCAAGUGUUAAAGACCCCUCCUGCAGCAUGCAUAAGACUAGGGAUGGCUGCGAAGGUGGCAAACUUACCCAUAUUUUGUUCUGUUCCUGUCUGUGUGACGUGGAAACUGUUGACCCCAGGAGACUCCCUCAGAUGCUGUCCAUCUUUUAUGGGGUCGAGAGCCUCUUGAGUUCAUGAAGCGACUAGAAAGUUGCAUGCAUGUAUGGAAACUAACUCUAGAGGGCAUUGUGUUUCAUCUUAUCAGCCAUACUGGAAGCUACCCUAGUGUUUUUUCACAGGUACUAAUAUAAAAUGUAUCAUAGCGUCAGGCACAAUCAUGUUUGUCUGUUAAAAUAAACAACAAAGCCACAAACUAAUUAAUUCCAACCUUGGAGAUGUGCGAAAAAGCAUUUGUCAUUUUAAAUACCCAUUCUCAUUCAUUGACUAGUUGUGAAACAUUUGAUUGAAUCAAGCUUCUCUUUAUUCUGUGACAUUUUUUGUCUUUCAGA